AUGGCGCCAGUAGAUCGCAAUGGUUUCCAAGUGGCGGUAAUCUGUGCUGUCAACGUCGAAUCCAAGGCCAUAAAAGCCAUCCUUAAUCCGAAUUUCGGCGACGAGAACCCGUACGGGAAGGCCGAUAAUGAUCCCAACUCCUACCAGACAGGAAUGAUUGGUCGACAUCCAGUCGUUCUGGUCUUUUGUUCUGGAAUGGGCAAAGUGGGGGCAGCGAUUGCAGCCAGCAACCUCCGCAUAAGUUUCCCGCGGCUUAAGUUGUGUCUACUUGCGGGCAUAUGCGGUGGAGUUCCCUCCGAUAAAAUCUUUUUGGGGGACGUCAUUGUUAGUAAGGGGAUUGUGCAAUUCGACUUUGGAAGGCAGCAUGACGAUAGAUUUGUCCGAAAGUCCUCCUUCUAUGACAUCCCUGGGCGCCCAAGUGCAUCGAUUCGUUCGUUUCUCCAUUUGCUUGAAACAUCAAAAGAGGACACUGGGUUCCAGGAGUCCAUUUUGCAAUGCCUCAAUGCCAUCUCUGCCCAAGAUCCCAGCAUCGCGAUUCAUCCACCAGCAGAUGAACCGGACCAGGUGUACCCCAAUCACUACGUACACAAGCAUUACAAUCCAGUCCCCUGUCCCACGGGUGAAUGUUCUAGAUGGAAAAACGUGGGCGAUCCUGUCUGCAGGAAUUCACGCGAUGCAUCAUGUGGCGAUGUGGGUUGUCAAGCGGCGAAAGCCACACAGCGAUCACCACCCCCUGACCGAUCAGGACUCACAUCAAAAAUCCAUCUAGGACUUUUCGGCACAAGUGACCAGGUCAUGAAGUCAGCACAGCACCGUGAUGCAUGUGUCGAAGAGGAGGGCGUCCUGGGGUUCGAGAUGGAGGGUGCCGGAGUCUGGGUUUCUGAUCUCCCAACAAUCAUCGUCAAAGGAGUUUGUGAUUAUGCCGACGGGCACAAGAACAAAAAGUGGCAAAGCUAUGCCGCGGGAAGGGCUGCAGCUUGUGUCAAGGCGAUGCUGGAUCAAUGGACUGAGACUGAGGCGACCCAGACACGGACUGGAGAAAGUCAAGGCACCUCAUACCACAAUACUCAGUCUAAGAUUAUGACUCAAGGAGGCUCUCAUUCCUUUGGCGGUCGUAAUACGUUCAGUAUUUCUUAG